ACUACUUCCCUUUCUUUGUUUCCUCCCCCGCUCCACGUGUAACCCCCAGCGAUUAUAAUGGCGACAGAAAGUGUAGAAAGUGCUGUCGUGGAAGAGGCAGGAGCCUCCGCAGGGCCGCCCAGACUAGCCGAGCAGAAUCUAGAGACUUUAAAUGUGGCUACUUUGAAUCCUCUCUCCCCCGAAGUCAUCAGUCGCCAGGCAACCAUUAAUAUAGGUACUAUUGGACAUGUAGCUCACGGCAAGUCCACUGUUGUUAAAGCUAUCUCAGGAGUUCAGACUGUGCGCUUUAAGAAUGAGCUGGUCAGAAACAUCACCAUCAAGCUGGGAUAUGCCAACGCUAAGGUGUACAAGUGUGACAAUGAGCGGUGUCCUAGACCUGGUUGCUAUAGAUCUUGCAGUAGCUCUAAAGAAGAUGUGUUCCCUUGCACUAGACCAGGUUGCAAGGGAAGCUUCCGGUUACUAAGGCAUGUAUCGUUUGUGGAUUGCCCCGGUCACGAUAUCCUCAUGGCCACCAUGCUCAAUGGAGCUGCUGUGAUGGACGCAGCACUGUUGUUAAUAGCGGGCAAUGAGUCGUGUCCCCAACCACAAACGUCCGAGCACUUGGCAGCCAUUGAGAUUAUGAAGCUGAAACACAUCAUCAUCCUUCAGAACAAGAUUGAUCUUAUCAGAGACACACAAGCUAAAGACCAGUAUCAAGAGAUUCUCAAGUUUGUACAAGGCACAGUGGCAGAGGGUGCUCCAAUCAUCCCCAUCUCUGCCCAGCUUAAGUACAAUAUAGAGGUCAUCUGUGAGUACAUCUCUAAGAAGAUACCCAUUCCAGUGAGGGACUUCACUUCAGAGCCACGACUCAUCGUCAUAAGAUCCUUUGAUGUCAACAAACCGGGGGCGGAGGUAGACGAGCUAAAGGGGGGCGUGGCAGGUGGGAGUAUCCUCAAGGGUGUGCUAAAAGUUGGCAUGGAGAUAGAGGUUCGUCCAGGCAUAGUGUCCAAGACUCCUGAUGGCAAGAUCCAGUGUCAGCCGAUACGUUCGCGCAUCCUCUCACUGUUUGCAGAGCACAAUGAGCUCCAAUAUGCUGUGCCAGGUGGACUCAUUGGUGUGGGUACUAAGAUUGACCCUACGCUGUGUCGAGCUGAUCGACUGGUUGGUCAGGUAUUGGGAGCAGUGGGGGCACUUCCUGACAUCUAUGUAGAGCUGGAGAUCAGUUACUUCCUCCUAAGAAGACUGUUGGGGGUCAGGACAGAGGGAGACAAGAAAGGAGCAAAGGUUCAGAAACUGAGCAAGAAUGAGGUAUUGAUGGUCAACAUAGGAUCACUGUCUACUGGUGGGCGUGUGAGUGCAGUUAAGGCUGACCUUGCUAAGAUAGCACUCACACAACCUGUGUGUACAGAAGUGGGGGAAAAGAUUGCCCUGAGCAGGAGGGUGGAGAAACACUGGAGACUGAUUGGUUGGGGUCAGAUACGAAGGGGUGUGGUUUACAAGCCCCCUACAUUAUCAGAGGAAGCGGACCCGUGACAUCAUUGAUGACAUCAUUAGAACUGAAUUUUUGCAUUAAUAAUAAUACACUGUUUCAAUGUUUUAAUAGCUUUGUGUGCGUAUUAUCACAAAUUAUCUUUUUAGUAUUUGUCAUAAUGAUCACUGACUAUCGAGAAUGUGCACAAAA